AUGGUGAUAAAGGAUUAUGAGAUCCCAGGCCCAGAUAAAGGACCAGAACUAGGAUCUCGAUGGAAGCUCGCAUUUGAUGGUUCCUCCAAUUACAGUGGUCAUCGUGUGGUAGCUGUUUUGAUGAAUCCAAAUGGUGGCUUUACCCCUUUCACAACAAGGUUAUGCUUUGAUUGUACGAAUAAUGUCGCAGAGUAUGAAGCUUGUAUCCUUGGUAUUGAAGCCGCAUUUGAUCUUCGAAUCAAGAUCCUUGAGGUGCAUGGAGACUCAACCUUGGUGAUCUAUCAGGUCAAAGGAGAAUGGGAAACUCGUUAUGCAAAGUUGAUCCCAUAUCGUGCUCAUGUUGUAAAGAUGAUAAAAUACUUUUACAAUAUCACUUUCCAUUACAUCCCAAGAGUAGAAAAUCAAGUGGCUGACGCUUUGGCAACAUUAGCAUCAAUGUACCAAGUCAGAUUCCGUAAUGAAGCUCCACUUAUUCGAAUCGAGCGAAGAGAUGAGCCUGCUUACUAUCAACAAAUUGAGGAAGAAACUGAUGGUAAACCAUGGUGUCAUGAUAUCAAGCGUUAUCUUAUAAGUCAAGAGUAUCCAGAAGAUGCUACAUUGUUGGAUAAGAAAACACUGAGGAGGUUAUCAUCCAAAUUCUUUUUGAGUAAUGAUGUCAUGUCUGAACCUAUUCUUGAAGAACUUUUUCUUUGA